CUGUACAUAGUCCUUUUUGAUAGAGGGUGUCCCCCUGCCCCUUGUCCUUGCUGAUGUCAUGUGUCUGGCCUUGUCUCUUGUCUCCCAGCCUUGUCUUUUUCCUCUUGUCUUCUUUCCUUCUCCAUGUCAUUAGCUAUGGUAUUAAUUCUUUAGUUACUAGGAUACUCUAUCAAUUGCCCCUUUUGGCGAUGGCGCGAGUAAGGUGGCAUCGUCAAACAAGUGUUCUUCUAAAAAGGUCUAGAAAAAAUAACGUUUCCAAACUAGCAAGGGUUUUUAAAAAAUUUCGCUGGGGGGGGGGGGGAUGUGAAGACGCUACCUUAGUUGUGGGCCAAACCCACCCCUAGGCUUAGGAUAGGCGAAUUUGGGGAGGGGUGUGGAUGGAUUGGGCUUUUAAAACAGCCUACCUUGGAAACCGCGCGCCUACUCCUCCACCCCCCUAUUUAAACCUCUCCUUUUCACUAUUCACUCAUUUUUUUCCUCCCUUCCACUCAGCCGCUCGCUCCCCUCGGCGCCUCUCUCCCCAAUUCUUCAGUCGGCGCUUCUCCUUCGAGCUUGUAGGCGCCUUUGGUUGGUGUGUCACUCUCCCUUGGUAAGCACCUCUCCCCUUCUUCUUCCGCUGCGGAUCCUUUUCUUUUUCCUAGGCGCCGAUCCCAUACUCAUUUUUUUUCUCCCUUCCACUCAGCCGCUCGCUCCCCUCGGCGCUUCUCUCUUCAAUUCUUUGAUCGGCGCUUCUCCUUCGAGCUUGUAGGCGCCUUUGGUCGGUGUGACGCUCUCCCUUGGUAAGCGCCUCUCCCCUUCUUCCACUACGGAUCCUUUUAUUUUUCCUAGGCGCCUCUCCCUUUCUUUUUUUCAACAUUUUUUACCAACCGGGUAAGUGCCUCUCCUUUUUAACGAUUCAUCGGCGCCUUUGAAGCGCCUCUCCUUUUUAACGAUUCAUCGGCACCUUUGAAAACUCGGUUUGUCGUCGGGGACGCCGCCUGCCCCUCUAUUUUACUAAACGCCACCCCUCCUUCUACUAGGCGCUACCUUUAUUGCGAGAUAUGUUUGCGUCUUUGCUUCCUCAUCUUGAUUCUAUUGAGGGAGGCGCCUCCGGGUUGUUGGCUUUGCUUGUUAGGCGACGCCCCCCCCCCCCCCCCCCCCCCCCCCUUUUAGAGGUGCCGAUGAAUCGCCUCAUGGUUUGGUUUGAUGCACUUGUGGUGAAUUUUGUUAGGGUGGCGCCUUUGCUUCUCUUUGUUGAGGACCGACUCUUGCUCGGGGCGCCUCCUCUUAAUUGGUAGUUUUGGCUUUUAAGAGGCGCCACUACCUAUUGGUUUUCUAACAUUAUUUCCUGAUGUGUUAGGGCUCUUUGCUUCCAAGGCGUCGAAGGCGCCUUUUGACGCGAGAUCACGGGGGGUGACAGCGGUUUCUUGCCCGUGCGGUAUCGACUUCGUCGUUGCGCUCGUUUUUCUUCGCAGAUUCAUUUUUCUGCCCACCUUUUGCUCCUCGCCAUGGCGUCUACUAAUUCGCAGCCAUCUGCUUCUAUGGGUGGCGCUUCAGCUCCUUCCAAAGCGAAAAACAAUGCUUCGUCGAGCAAAGUCCGGAAGUUGGGUAAGCUACGCUAUCCCUAUUUCGUUUCAACUUUAAUAUCACGUAUUUUGUUUUUUGGGAGUCUUAGUGGAUCGAACAGUGUAUAGAAGGGCUAAGUGGAGACUCGCAGAGAUUGCUAGUGACAUCGAGGAUGAACAAUCAUACACCCGAUUGGAGGCGCUUACAGAGGGAGAUAUGUCAAGUGUGGAGCUCGACCCUGGCACGUCUAAUUCUCGGGCGACUAACUACUCUGGCUACUCUAUUUUACCGUAGCGGAGGAUGUGGGGUGAUGAGGCGCCUCCUUCCUCGCAAAUGGUAUUGCUCCUACUUCUUCAUUAAACCAUCUCCUGGUACCUGGCAUGCACUGACUGAGGCGCCUCUCUCGACUCUAUGGGGUGAGGGUUCGGAGGAAAAAUGGGCCAAGGAUUUUUCCCUUGGGAAGACUGAGCGAGAACAGAAGAACCACAUUCUCCGCGCGCCUCCCGUGGAUUUUGGGAGAAAGGGGGAGAGAGCGCGUGCCUUGGGAGAGCUUUAUGACCAUGAUUUUGAUUACUCGAGAUUGGCGAAGAUGACAAAGAAGACUCCUGGCGCCUCUGCAGCUAGGUCACAGAAGGCGCCUAGCGCCCCUACCGAGCAAACUCCCCGUUCGUCUAGCCAGGCGCCUGCCGACACCGAGGAGGCGUCUCCUCGAUUGUUUCCUUCAUUGGGGCCACGUGACCCCCUCCUAGAGAAGACCUUGGGAAAGCGUCAUGCUCCGGCCGGCUCCCCUGCUGAGGCUCAGAAGAAGAAGAAUAAAAUCGAUCUUGGGAGCAUUGAUGAGAUACUGGCGCCUCCUCGCUCGCGACGCGCCGUAAAACCGAAGGAGCUUGUUCCCAUCUCUCCUUCUGCUACCCUCAACGCUCCAAGCGCUUUCACUUCUGCCGUGGAGUUGAAGAAUUUUUUGAAGCUCCCCCUUCACGAGGGUACCUCUCCGGCAGGCUCCGCCUGCCAGCACUUGUUCCAUGCUGUGCUUGAUGUGGUAGCGCUUUCUGAUAAGAGUGCGGAGAAUCGGGAGCGCGCCCACAAGAACUUCUUGUUAGCUUCUCAGUUGAAGACUGAUAAGACAACUCUUCAGGGUGUUAACUCUCGCCUGGAGGACGAGUUGGCGUCGGUGAAGCAACAGCUUUCCGACGCCUUGGCUGCUGAGAGUGUUUCCGCUCGUGAAGAGAAAGAGAAGGAGUUAGCGCUCCGGGCGAAGCGAAUUGAGGACUUGGAGAAGGAGCUGCUGGCCAUGUCCGCAGCUAGGGGGCGCCAGCAGGAGGAAUUCAAGAAAAGGUUGGUCAAGGAGCGCGAUGAUGCUGUGGACGCCCAUCUGUCGUCAGCAGAGUUCCGCGAUUGGCAGCAGAACCUUCUGCUUGGAGUGAAGAAGAGAAAUUUCAUCGGCAUUCGUAAGAAAGUCCGUUCUGAUAAUCCCGGCAUGAAGUGGGAUACUCCGGAGGUUUGGCAGGCUAUGGAUGACUACUUCCUCUCUCUUGGUACGGAUAACGAGCCUUCCGACUCAGACCCGUACCCCCUGGAUGAGGGUGAUUCUUCUGCUGACGACGUCGAGGUCGACGUCGAGGGGGCUGGGGAUGAGAAAGUGGGUGACAAUGGUGAAGCUUCCGUCGAUGCCAAUGCUGGUGCCAGGAAAGUUGGUGAGAAGGACGUCGUCGCUGCCGAUGGUCAGGGUGGCGCCUCGGAUGGUGGCACCGAUGGUGAUUCCAGCUCAUCCGACGAUGCUUCGAGCAAGUCGGGCUAGUAGAGUUAGGAUGUUUUUUUCUUGCUCGUUUGUUUGGACUCUGUUGAUUUCAUGCAUCUUUUGCUCAUUUUGCCCUUGUAUGUCUGUGGAUGUUUCGCUUUCGGACUAUGCU